GUCAGUUCGUGGUAUCGGUGAGAGCUCCACCGACUUUAGGCAGUGGAGAUUAAACAAUAGCCGAGGCAGCUGUAAGAUAUUGGUUUUGUGUGUGAGGAGUUGAAGUGUAUUCGCGGAACACCAGAAAAAUGUAUCACCUGAAAUUAGCACGUCAUGCCGCCAUACGCCAAGAAGCGGCAACAUUGGUCAAGGCUUUGCCAACUGCCGCUUUGCAGGCUCGCGGCUAUGCCGAUUACCAAAUUCCAGACCGUCUAAAGGACGUGCCCACUGCCAAAGACCCUCGCUUCUUUGACAUGGUUGAAUACUUCUUCCACCGUGGUUGUCAAAUCGCCGAAGACCGCUUGUUGGAUGACAUGAAAGGCAAAUUGUCCCUGGAGGAUAAGAAAAAGAAGGUUAAGGGUAUUUUGAUGCUUAUGCAACCCUGUGACCACAUCAUUGAAAUUGCAUUCCCAUUGCGUCGUGAUUCCGGCGAUUUUGAACUUAUUACGGGUUAUCGUGCUCAACACAGCACUCACCGUGUUCCAACCAAGGGCGGUAUCCGUUUCUCUAUGGAUGUGUCACGCGAUGAAGUUAAGGCUUUGUCCGCUUGAUGACCUUCAAGUGUGCCUGUGGUUGAUGUACCAUUCGGUGGUGCCAAGGCUGGUUUGAAAAUCAAUCCCAAAGAAUACUCAGAACAUGAAUUGGAGAAAAUCACUCGUCGCUUCACUCUUGAAUUGGCCAAGAAGGGCUUCAUUGGACCCGGCGUUGAUGUACCAGCUCGUAUGGGUACUGGUGAACGUGAAAUGUCAUGGAUCGCUGAUACCUAUGCCAAAACUAUCGGUCACUUGGAUAUUAAUGCCCAUGCUUGUGUAACUGAACCAAUCAAUCAAGGUGGUAUUCAUGGUCGUGUAUCUGCCACUGGUCGCGGUGUUUUCCACGGUUUGGAGAAUUUCAUUAACGAGGACUACAUGAGCAUGAUCGGUACAACUCCCGGCUGGGGUGGCAAAACUUUUAUCGUCCAAGGUUUUGGUAAUGUCGGUCUUCACUCCACCCGUUAUUUGACUCGUGCCGGUGCCACUUGCAUUGGUGUUAUUGAACACGACGGCUGCAUUUAUCCCGAGGGUAUUGAUCCUAAGGCUUUGGAAGAUUACAAGAAUGAACAUGGAACUAUCGUGGGAUACCCUCAUGCCAAGCCCUAUGAAGGUGAAAAUCUGAUGUUCGAACCUUGCGACAUCUUCAUCCCUGCUGCUGUCGAAAAAGUUAUCAAUAGCGAGAAUGCCCAUAAAAUCCAAGCUAAGAUCAUCGCCGAAGCUGAUGGACCCACUACACCUGCUGCCGAUAAGAUUUUGAUUGACCGCAACAUUUUGGUUAUUCCCGAUUUGUACAUCAACGCUGGUGGUGUAACUGUUUCCUUCUUCGAAUGGUUAAACUUGAAUCAUGUCUCAUACGGUCGUCUUACUUUCAAAUAUGAACGUGAAUCAAACUAUCACGUUGUUGGUAUUUAUUGUAUUGUAUGUAUGUGUGGUAUAUUGCAUUUUUACCAUAGUAAUUCGUUUAUUCUUUUUCCGUUUCUCUAUUUCUUCUUAAAUCAAUAUAGCUUCAUAGAAUCCGUACAAGAAUCACUGGAACGUCGCUUUGGUCGCGUUGGUGGUCGCAUCCCUGUUACUCCAUCCGCUUUCCAAAAACGUAUCUCCGGUGCCUCUGAAAAGGAUAUUGUCCACUCUGGUUUGGACUACACCAUGGAGCGUUCUGCUCGUGCUAUCAUGAAGACCGCUAAAUACAACUUGGGUCUCGAUUUGAGAACAGCUGCCUACGUCAACUAUGAAAAGAUUUUCACCACUUAUCGCGAUGCUGGUUUGGCAUUCUAAAAAGCUUAAACAGUCUUUUAAUUAAUUUAAGCCUAAACUGAUGUAAACAUUUUUUAAGGCUAACCGAAAAAAAAGUAUGCAAACCACCACAAAAACAAUUUCACUCGAAACAUACAUGUGUAAAGUUAUCUGUAAAGCAAUAAUAUUAUUUGAAAACAACAAAAAUAUAUUGUUCGCCGUUUGUCACAAAGUUCUAGCAUGAUUGAUAAAAGAUAAUUAGCCAGUUGUUGGCGUGGCUAAUUUUAAACUUAACUGUCGCUGUGACUUCAAAAAUAUGUGUGUAUUUAAUUGUAUUAGUUAUAUUUUAAUAGUGUCUUAAUUUAUUUUAAAUAACCCGCCACUAUAUUUAAAAUCUAUUCUCUCGUUUACUCUGAUGUUUUUCUUUUUUGAAUUUAAGUUGAACAAAGUCAGUCAGUCCAUAAAGCAAA